AUGCUACCAAUUGUCACAGUUGUUACCGGACGCUAUGUACAACCAGUACAAUACUCAUGUGCCGCUGCUCUGUACUUUGACAAGAAAGAAGGACGCAAAUACGAGGUUACCAUGAAAUCGAUAGAUAACCGCCUCCACUUUGCAGAUGGGUGGGAACUCUUUGUUCGAAUUGAGGACAUCCGCAAGGAGUACACGCUUUUCUUCGAAUGUACAAGCCUGACGAACUUCACAGUCACGUUAAUAUCGUUGGAUUUUCGUCAGCACAUUCCAAUGAGCUUUUGGAAGUCGCACAUCAAAAACAAAAUAAGAGACACUAGGCUGGCUUGCUUGAUGUUUAAAGGGGUUGUCUAUUCGCUUCAAGUGAUCGAACGACAUGGUAAGAAAUUGAUGGAACAUGGCGGCGCUAAAGAAUUUAUAGAGCAUGUUGGGAUUGUCGAGGGAUCAAUAUGCAGUUUCACGUUGCUUCCAGCUCCUAAUCUAUCAUUUAGGGUGGUUGUGUAG